UUUCUGGUGCAGGCUGAUGGGGUAGGCAGUUUAAAUAGUUUUGGCAUGGACCAGGUGGGCCUGUUUCCGUGCUGUAUUCUCUGACUCUAAUGGUAAAUUGUGCCUAGGGAAAUGUAUGUAGAUGUUGAAUUUCUGAAAUGAAAACGGUAGGUCAUUGAAUCGAAACGGUAAUUCAGAUGCAUUCUUCACAGAUGUUGGCUGACCUGCUGAGUAUGUGCAGCAUGCAUUUUUACGUCCUUCUGUGUAGAUUUUACUUUUGUGGCAGGCUUUUGGCCUCUCUCAAAACGAGGUGAUCGCCUACUAUGGGUCAACUACCCUCAUAAGAAAGUCGAAACGGCAGAUACUGGAAAUCUAAAAUUAAAGGCUGGCCAGAGAGGAUUAACAUUUCAGGUCUGAGACCCUUCAUCAGACCUCUGGUUUGAGUUAUUUACCCCGGACACAUCUAUUUUCCCACUGGUAUGGAAUCACGCUGGAAUCAUAGAGGCUUUUUUCUCCCUCCGUCCUAUUGGUACCGGAUCUUAAUUGGUGCUGCUCCCGUUUUAGGCGGGCGGAUCUUUAUUUGUGUUACACAGGGAGGACGGUUGCUAGGGAGACGGUUGUGGCGGGUGCUUGGGAGGACGGUAGAUCAAAACACGAACGCCGAAGAUGUGGUAGUGCGUAGCGCUGACCUCGAUACUGCUGUCAAAAGUCAGAUGAUAAGAAUGGAUCAAGAUGGUGAAAAUAAAAAAGAAGCGAUUAACCCAAAUGAUGAUUCAGCAAAUAUUGAAGAUCUUGAGCUAGAAAACAGGAACAACUUUCUUAACAGUGUGCUUACAGGAGAUGCUGAGAACUUACGCAAGUGUUUUGUAAAUACAGAUAAACCAAACCAUGAAAAAAGUAAUGAAUUGUUAAAUAUACAUGAUGACUUCGGCAGAAAUGCUCUCUUUGCAGCUGCCAUCCUGGGUCACUGUGAAGUUAUUCAAGAGUUGGUGUCACAAGGAGCAAAUGUGAAUGAGCAAACUAACAGAGGAUAUACUCCUUUACAUUGUGCUGCUGCAUGGGGGAAGCUGGAGAGCUUAAACGCUUUGGUGAGCCUUGGAGCUAAUGUUCAAACAAUCAACUUCAGAGAUGAAAAAGCACGAGAUAUAGCUAAGCGAUAUUCAAUUGCCAAUUGUGUAGAGUUUCUAGAUUGGGCAGAAGGCAAAAUGAUUUUGGAAUUGUAUAUUAGGGACAUCCAAGAAACUGUUACUGAUCUUGAAAAAUCACAAGGCAAGCUAUCUAAGCAAGACAGGACUGCCUUUACAAAUGCCUGCAGAGCAAAAUCUGAAUGGCUUCUAAUGGCACAGAAUGCUUCCAUAGAGGAAUUUGAGGAGCAAAAGAAACAACUGGAGAUGAGUGUGGAACCAAUCAUUACCAAACUAAAAACCCAAUCUAAGUAGAUUUACUUUUGGUACGUUAUCCUUAGCUGAAACAUCUGAUAGAUCAAGAAGAAGCUUCCUUAAUAGUAAUUAGAAUCUAAUCACAUAAAUGAUAGGUAAGCAAAUAUAAAGCCCACAUGCUCAUCAAGGCUGUAGAAAUAACAAUGAGAUAAAUGACCAGGGAUGUUUGGGAUGUUAUUAUUUGAGGAAGAAAUAAUGAUCAUGGGACACAUUAGUAAAUGAUGAUGGGGAUAAUCAGAUACUUAAGAGAAUGUCAAUCUUGUCAAAUUCAUUUUGAGAUAUUUGUGCUCAGAUUUGUUCUGAUUGCAUUCAAGGGAGGGGAGUGGUCAUAGUUGACCAGUAGAGGUGAAUGGCUAUUCUGCAUUAAAUAAAACCAGUUUCAUAAACACAAGGGAUCCUGCAGACACUGAAAAUCCAGAGCCAGCCACACAAAAUACUAGAGGAACGCAGCAGGAUAGGCAGCAUUACUGGAGAGGAAUAAGCAGUCGAUGUUUCAGCCUGAGAUCUCUCAGUCCUUCAGUCAGUUUUAUUUAUUUUAUAUACAGUAACUACUCUUCUGCAUUUCAGAGAGGCAACUCUCAAAAUAUAUUUACAAAUUAGAAAAUGGAGGGACAUCUUUAAGCAUUUAUUGAAAGAGGCAAAUUGAGUUGGAUCCUUCAAUUUUGAUAAAAAUGCCAGAUGUAUUUUUUAAAUAUGGUUUCCUGCCAUGAGUUGAUGUGACGCAGUAACAUAAGUUUACUUUAAAUAAUCAAAAGAGCAUGGAGAAUUUAUUUUAUACUUAAAAUAUAGUUCAACUAAAAGUAAUUUAUCAAUUCUGAAACUGAUGUUAGAUUUUAAGAAAAAGGUUAAUUUAAAUUUUUUACCUUAUUAAAACAUGCUAAACUAUCUCUGAAAACUUUGAUUUAAACAUUCCAGUUUUCAUUUAUGAUACAUCAUUUUAUAUCGGUAAAGCUACAAAAACAUUGUGCUUUGACGGCUUGGUUCUCAGAAUUGAACCAAAUCCAAAUCAGCCAAAUGAUGAUUUUCGAAUCAAAAAACCUGUGCAAGCAGUUACGUAUGUUUAGAUUUCCUUCAUUCUGUUUUAGAUUGUAAUUAAUAUGCUAAGUCGCUAUCCUAAAAUAAAUUGAUGUAAAUACUGAUUACUGCAUGUAACCUCAGGAAAAUCUCCAAUGGUUAACUUUAUGUAGAACACAUACUUUGUGUAUUUUUUACAUGUACUGAAUGUCUGUAAACAUUUGUAAAAAUCAACAUUUUAAGAAGUUCCUCUUAAGAAAAACCUAAUUUUUAUUUUUCUCUUUUAAUGAAGCUCCUCAGCCCUCAAAAUCUUCCAAGAACUAACAAAAUCAUCACACUUGGCCAAACACUACAAUCAACAUGGAAGAUAAGAGUAAUUAAAAUGUAUAGCUUUUUUUAGUGAAUUUAUAUCACUUCGAUUCACUGCUGCAACUGGUAUAAGACUUUAACAUAUUCUUGAUGGCAGUUGUGUAUUACUACCUUUACAUAUCUUCAAAGUAAAUUUUAUUAUCAAAAUAUAUAUGUCACCAUAUACAACCCUGAGAUUCAUUUUCCUGUGGGCAUACUCAGCAAAUCUAUAGAAUAGUAACUAUAUCUUCAUGCUAUUCUAAAAAUAUAGAAACAUGAUAAAGAACAUUCUAAAGGUCAGUUUUGUAUCACAAUUAAAAGCAUUACAUUUUUCAGACAGCUUCCGUGAAAUGGAAAUUUCUACAGAGCAUUCUAAAUGUUGGAUCACUGAAGUGCCAAUGCACAGGAUUGGGAAAAAUCUGCAGAGGGUUAUAAACUCAACCAGCUCCAUCAUGGCCAUUAACCUCCCCACCAUCGAGGAAAUCUUUAAAAUGCAAUGCCUCAAAUAAAUAGCAUCCAUCGUCAAGGUCCCCCACCACCCAGGAGAAGUCCUCUAUUCUUGGGGAGGAGGUAUAGGAGCUUAAAGAAACACAUUUAACAUUUUAGGAACAGAUUCUUCUCCUCCAAAAGCAGAUUUCUGAAUGGUCCAUGAAUGUCACCUCACUAUUUUCUUCUUUUUGCACUAAUUUAUUCUUCAUAUUUCUUAUUUACCUUAUAGUAAUUUUUUAUGUAUUACACUGUACUGCUGCCGCAAAACAAAAUUUCUUAACACGUGUCCCUGAUGAUAAACCUGAUUUUGAUUCUGAUUCUGAUAGUGGGUUCCACACCUUUUCAUUACGAGUCACACUAGAAAAAGCACACAUGCAGUUAGUCAAGGUCUGAGAUUGAU